ACUGCCCUAAUUUCCAUUGGAAGUUAUCUUCGCCGCCGCAGCUUCCACUUCGUUCUGCUCUUCUCGAUUUCUAGUGCACCUUGUGCGUCUCGCUGGUCGGUGCCUCCAGCGGAGCUUUGCCUUCGAUCGGAGAACUUCGCUUUCCGAUCCCCUCACCUUUUUCCUCCAUCCGUCCUUGUAUCCAGCUUCUUCGAAGGGCAGCUCGGUUCCCUACUUCGGACAGAUCCUGAACAGCAUAAAAGUCUGAACAUUCUAUCACAUGCCUGAAAAGCUUGUAGCUGUUUAAACCAUUACACUUCGCGCUGUCCUUUUUGUAGUCCAUUCUUGUCAAUUUGGCAUGGGGAAGAAGAAGUUUAUUGAUAAGAAGAAGUCAGCUACCUUCCACCUCCUUGCCUGUGACACGUCUGACAGUACUGCCUCUUUUUUGGGGGGCCAUGAGAAUGAUCGUGUUUUUGUCAGGGUAGAUAACAACAAUUUCCAGUGUCCUGGUUUCCUCAAUGAUGAUAACAACCAUGACCAUUCUGAUCUCAAUGAAGAAUCAGAUUCCAUCUUUGCUGAUGCUGUAGUUGAUCAUGAUGAUGAUGUUGGGUUCGGAAGCUGCCUGCAGCCACCAUGGGCUGGCACUGCCACUUCAAGCUCUUCUAAAAAAGGGAUGCUUCCAGACCACGUCAGGAAGGAGAUUCUAGAAUUGGGCCUCCCUGAUGAUGGCUAUAACUAUUUAAUCCACCUGCGUGAAAUUAAGAACACAGGUGGAGGCUCCUCCUACUUUGAGAACUCCAAGGCCAAGCUUGACCGGUUGACACUAGAUGUCAAGGCCUAUGAUGCUUCAAGGCUUCAGAUUAAUUCUGAGGUUAUUGAUGGUGAUGGUAAGGACAUUAUGUAUGCUGUUGCUUCAAACACAAGAUCAGUCAAGGUUCAGAAGGUAGUGGAUCCAGAUGUUUUAAGGUUGCUAGAUGACAGCGAUCUGUCACGGUUUGGAUCAGAUGAUGAGGGUUUUGAAGAGGACUUUGUGGUUAAGGCAAACCUUCCUGAAGUAGAGAAGGAACAGGUUAAACAUGUACAGGAAGAGAGAGAAGAGAUCAAGGCUGGUGCAGUACAAGAGGAUGUUUCAGUAGGAGAUGUCUGUCUGGAUCUUCAGGAGCAGGUGGAUGGUACAGUCAUAGUGGAAGGAAAUAUUAAUGAUAAUUUUAUUUGUGAUGAAAAGCCAAGAGUACGCCGCUUUUUGGAUGAGCAGUUUGAUCUGCUUACACUACGUGAGUAUGAUAAUGAUAGUGAUGAUGAUGAUGUUCAUUACGAUGAUGCUGAACGUGAAAUGCUUAAUUCUAAGCUUCGUGAUGCCCUUAAAGAGUUUGCACUAGAUGAAUUAGAGGCCGAGGGCAAGUACAGAGUUGCAGGAGAUAAGAAGAAUGAUCAUCAAGAGAAUAUUGGAGGCACAGAAGUAGAUGAUCCUGAAGUAAUCCGUAGAUGUGUUGAGUAUGCUGAAAAAUACUUGAAUGAAAGCCAAGAUGAAGAAGUCUUUGUUGAGGAAAGUAGUGAUGAAUCUGAAGGUUGGGACUGUGAGACAAUUGUUUCUACUUAUUCAAAUCUUGAUAACCACCCUGGAAGAAUACAAGCUCCUGAAAAUCUUAACAAGAAGUUUCCAAGGAUUUUUCUUGGAGAUUUAACUACGAGUAAUGUGAUUACACUUCGAGGAAAGGAGAAGCUUCCAGUCAAUUAUCUACCUGACAAGGUAAAAACUGCUGAUAAAGUAAAAUUGCCAGCAUCCUUAAUCAAUGAUAAACCAAAGAGGAGAUCACGCAGUGAGUCAAAGGACGAAAAGAAGGAGAGAAAGGCUGCUCUAAAAGAAGAGAGAAGAGAAUCACGAAGGGCAAAGAAAGAACUGAAAGGCUUGUACAAAUGUGAAGGCCAGAGAGCUCAGAAGGUUGCUGCUAUUUCAGGGCCAUCUGCCAUACACAUAAUGUGACUUCACAUUCAAGUGAGUUCGCAUCAGUUUGCUGCCAAGUUUUGGAUUUUAUUCGUUUAGUAAAAUUUGGAAGGCGUUGUGCAUCUAUCUGCUGAGGGGUUUAGUUUGGCUGACAAAAUUUACUCUUUUCUUUCUUCUUUCUAUUGUAUGUUUGAGCUAUUUAAAGACGACUGUAAAGAUGUUCUCAUUAUCAUAAGUCUGAAGUUCUGUCAAA